UAGUUUUAUUUUCUUUCAAAGGUUUUGAAGGUGAAUUUAACAUUAAUUAUUAUUGUUCUGAUAAGACAACUUUAUAAUAAUGUACCUACUAGCAUAAUAAACAGAUAAAAAACUAAAAAUAGUUCUAUCCGUCUUAAAAAUCGAGACGUCUGUACGUGUUACUGUGAUCUGACGAGGUAGAAAAUGUUAAUUACAGUGAGAAAAGUAAUUUCACCUCUAUCUUAUUUAAGUAAAACCGCUUGCCGGACCCUUUCUACCUCUGUAGUCGCUAAGGAAGAUAAAAUUAAAAUCAAGGAUGGUGUUAUUAACUAUGUAAAAGUUGGUAAUGGAGCUCAUCAUGCCUUGUUCUUGCCUGGAGCUCUAGGGACAAUAUGGACCGAGGGAAAACCUCAAAUAGAGGGAUUCAACCGAGAUAAAUUCACACUGGUGGUUUGGGACCCACCAGGCUAUGGCAAGAGUAGACCACCAGAAAAAGUAUUCAGUACUGAUUUCUAUGAAAGGGAUGCAGAUGCAGCUUACGAAUUUAUGAAGGCCUUGAAAAUUCCAAAAUACUCUCUACUGGGGUUCAGUGAUGGUGGAGUCACCAGUUUGAUCCAUGCUGCUAAGUACCCUGAUGCAGUCAAUAAGCUAGUGGUCUGGGGUGCCAAUUCCUUUGUAUUACCUAAUGAAGUGGAAAUGUACAAGAAAAUUAGAGACAUCAAUUCCUGGUCAAAAAGGAUGAGAGAGCCCUUAAUUGAAAUAUAUGGUGAAGAAUUAUUUGCAAAGUACUGGGCUGAAUGGGUUGAUGGAAUGGAGGCUCUAUACAAAACUAAGGAUGGCAAUAUCUGUGCUGAAAUGUUAAAAAAUAUAAAAUGCCCUACAUUCAUACUCUAUGGUCAAAAGGACCCUCUAGUGGACAGUGUGCAUGCCUCGCACUUGCAUACUCACAUUGAUGGUUCAAGGAUACAUCUGUACCCUGAAGGCAAACAUCAUGUGCACUUGAAAUAUGCUGAAGAUUUUAACCAAAGAGUGCAAGAGUUUUUAUUGAAACCAUAAUAAAAAUAAGAAAAUAAUGAGAUGUGUAAAAAAAAAUUAAGAAGAUUUCUACUAUUCAACAGAUACUCACCUAUACCUUUUGAAUUAUUUAUAUGUAUAUGGUUAUGGAUUAGAAAGAAAAAAUAACAAAAAUUCCCA